AUGUAUAUUUUAGCAAUGAUGAUUUCUCCAGUUAAUGCUAUGCAAAAUUAUUCAACAUUUAAAAUUCUAUUUGGAUUUUUAUUUGCAAUUGUGCUCAUCGUUAUAUUUUUUCUUUUUGUCUAUGGUUUUAUUCUGAUAUAUAUAUUUUAUCAACUUAAUCAACUGAACAAAAAUUUUCCGAAAAAGCAUUCAGAUGAAGAGGAGCAAGUGCAAAAAACUCAAUCUUCAAAAAUAGAGGUUGAACGAAUUAAUGAAACAGAGCAAAUUUCGGACAGCGAAGGUGUGGUUUUUUAA